ACAUGUCGCUCACUUCCAUCCUCUCAGCUGAGGCCAUUGAAAAUGCUGUCAAGGACUGUCAAGCUCCGGACUCAUUCUGCUACAAAAAGUUCUUCCAGCUGUGUGGCCUGUCCUCAAUGACACCCCAGGAAAUCAGAGAUGUCUUCAAGAUCCUCGAUGAGGACAACAGCGGCUACAUCGAGGAGUCUGAGCUCAAGUUCUUCCUGCGUCGGUUUGUCCCCGAGGCUCGGACACUGACCGAGACAGAGACCAAGAGUUUCAUAAGAGCGGCUGAUGAUGACAGUGACGGCAGAAUUGGAGCAGAGGAGUUUCAGACUAUGGUCCUGUCAUGAGUUUUCGAGAUGAUGAGAGCUCAAGUCUUCAGGUCUUCGGUCCUCUCUCCUCCAGCUCAGGAGUCUUCUGAUCCCAGCUUCCAUUCCAUUGUGAUUUCUUUUGUUUUCUACUAAAUGCUGUGUGUGCUAAUUGUAUUUAAACCACCGUUGGUCCAUUUAAACACAGCAGGUUGUUACGGUCUCUUUUCUGCGGGUACUUCUAUGUUUCCUUUUCUGUGUUCACCCCACAUCUUUAAAUAAAUGAGAUGAAUAAACAUGUGGAAACAGA